AUGCAGUCUCAGAGCUGGCUACAACUGAACAAGAACAGCUUAGGUUGUGAGCAGGAGGACAAGCGGCAACAGGAGGAUGGCUACCCCAAAGAAGAAAUGAUUUAUAGAUGGAGAAAAAACUCGGUUGAGGCAGCUGAUCAGAAAUCCUGGCGGCUUUAUCAGUUUGACUUCAUGGGCCUCAGAAACACCACGGAAAUUGUGCAAACAUCAGCAGUUGUCGAGCUCAACCAGAAGCUGAAGCUUGAAAAACAUCUAGUGUGGUCCAGGCAGCCCAGCAAGCUAGGCAUAAAGCUGCCAAAAACUGAAUCAGUUGGUGUGGUCGAGGCUGAGCCCGACCCAGUGGAAUACACCCUGCAGAAGUGGCUUCCCCAUGGCAGACGGAGGCCCAGAGACAUUUAUAUCUACAAGAAGACCGGCUUUGUGGUCCAGCUGGCCUGCUGCCAGAAACUGCUGGGUCGAGGGGCAAAGGAUCAGAAUGCCUGCACUGAGAUCUACAUCCACCACUUGGGCCUACCUAUCAACUGUGCCAUCCACAUUGCCCUACAGCUGCAGGCUGGCAGCUUCAAGUCUUUGUACAUGGUAGCCAGUACCUCCACCAUGGAGCUUGUGGGUGAGUGGGAACCAGGGAGAGAUACAGCAGAGCCACUGACCCAGAUCACAAACUCAGUAAUCCACAUCCGUGUCUUCAGGGUCACACUCAAGUAA